CAUGACAUCAACUAGCGACAUCUAGCGUCUUGUCCUGCAGGUUUAAGCUACUUCCCACUGAAAACCAACCGACGUAAAUGAAAGGCCUCGGUAGUGACACGGACGAGUGUUGACUGGUGAAUAUCUCUAUUUAAGCUAGCAGCUGAACUGUUUUAGUUGUUUUUUUUUUUUUGGUGAAACUACUUUUACAUUACCAUAAAAUGGUUGUGGGCGACGUCGAGUUCCUGAAUAUCCUCAAAGGGAAACGCAUCAAACUGACCCUCAAGACUGCUUCUUACCUCGGCGUCCUCCAACGUAUCAACCCCAACAAAACGUUGAUUUUGGCGGACGUUGUAAGUGGCAGUAAUGGGUGUAAAUUUCCUGGAUCGAAAAUGUUCUUUGGGCAUGAGAUUCUCAAUGUGGAAUUUACCAAUGAAGCAAACACUGACAAUGGAAACAUUCAUGAGCACAAACUUGAAGACCACUUGACUGUGAAAAAGUUUCAGCCAUACAGGAAGACAAUCACAUUGGAUGAUGAUGAUGAAGAUGAUGAGGAGUAUAUCAACUUUGUACUCAUUGACGAGUUUCAUGACAAGUUUGGACCCGCUGUGAUGCACAUCAAGAGGCAGCAUGUGAUUGGUGUCGGAGUUGAUGGAGUCGAGGUAUUUCAGCAUGGGAGACUGUGUUGGCUGCAGAUUGCCACUAAAAACAAGGUAUACCUAUUUGAUAUCCUGUUACUUGGAGCCCGGGCCUUUAAGAAUGGUCUCUCCAUGAUCCUAGAAAGUAAGCACAUACUAAAGGUCAUUCAUGACUGCAGAGCAAUUGCUGGAUGUCUGAUUACUCAGUUUGGAGUAAAGUUAACCAACGUCUUUGACACACAGGUGGCAGAUGUCAUGUACUUCUACUCUGAAACAGGAGGUUUCCUCCCCAACAGAGUCAGUACUCUCCAGGAGGUGGUGAGUCUCCAUCUGAAGGUGCCCUCCUCCCAGCUCUUAUCCCUGCAGAUGAAGUCACAGCUCACCAAGGAGGAAACCGAGAUGUGGUACAAGCGUCCAUGUCCCGUACCCCUGCUGAAGGUGAUGGCUCUGUCAGUGAUCCACCUGCAGCCUCUCAGACUGAUACUGCUGGAUGCUCUCAUGACUGACUACAUGGUCCUGGUGGAUUCCUACCUCAACAGCAGCCACUACGCGCCUGAUGAAUUAGGGCACGUAAGCAUGGAAAGUGUGUUGGAGUUGCCCAGAGAACUCCGGCAGCUGGAGCAAAUGCAUUGCAAUCGGCAGGAGUGGGCUGCAGACCACUACCCUGUCACAGAGCAGGGGCUGCUGGCACGCUUCAAUCCUCAAACAACUAAGACUCCAUCCAAGAUCUCACCUGCAGCAGACACACAGCCGGGCUCCUUUGAACCUGCAACUGUGGAAUCACCUUCAUCAACACAUGUGGACUCUCUCCUUCACCAGCCACUCACAAGAGUCACUGAUGUAUCCUCUGCUCAGUCUGUGGGUGAUCCAACAGCUCAGGAUCCAGUCCCUGCUGCCACUGUGUCAGAUCUCAGGAAACAAAUGUCAGUAAGUCCCCUGUCUCUAGGUGUAGGCAGAGGACGCACAGAGGUACAGAUGGAAACAGUGGGUAGAGGAAGGCCUUCUCGGAAAGAGCGGUCAUCCAUUCGGGCCUUACCUGCAAUAGGAAGAGGCUUUCUUCUCCAAAUACCACCAAGUCAGAUCCCCAGAGGGAGCACUGGGGACAUGAAAGCUCCUGGUAGGAUGGAGGUGGCUCAUUCAUGCCUUAAGCCCUCUCAAGCAGGACUGCUCCAGCCUGACACCAGUGCUAUUGACUUGUUUAAGGACACUUUUGGCUUGAGAGGAGGCAGUUCCUCACAGUCCCUCUCAUCCUCACUGAGGCAGUCAUUCACAUCUUUCAGAUAUUGAAAGUGGCACCAAACCCAUGAGGACAUGCCUUACAAACAUUUGCUGUUCCACACUUUGUAAUUUCCUACAGUGACCAGUAGAUGGCAGUAAAUCUUGUGUUAUGUGCAAAGGUUUGUUGGAUACUAGGUGUUUGUGAAAAGUUGUUUAUGUUUGAAAAAAAGAUUCUGUUGUUUGGACUUUGGACAGUUUACUGAUAUAUAUUUGCAUAGUUUGCAGCAAAAGGCAUGUCUGUCUGUUCCUGUAUUUGUAUUCUAUUACUUUUAUGCCACUAAAUCCUUCUCACUUUUGUUGUGAUUGAGUGGUAAUUAUAUGCACUCAGUCUAGAUAAUUAAAAUGUAUUGUCAACUCAAAUCAUAUUCUUAGAUGAAAAGAAAUGUCAAUUUUGAA